GAGUCCCAGGGACGGACGGUGGUGCGACUGUGGCUCGCUUCUUGGCUCAAACGUGAAUCGAACGUGGCGCACUUCAGUCGCCAAGCUGCGCGCUCGGUCUCUUCGCAAAUCGCAUCGCUCCUCAAAAAGAUACAGAUACGUGUUCGCAACCGCGAAGUUGUCGCUCCAUGGCAAGCUUUUUGGCGUCGGCAAGGUGCAAUGGUCUCCUCAUAGCGGAUACGAUACCCACUAGCUCCUCUGCAUAGGAGAGGAUUAAGUUUUCCCCACAAAAAUUUAACAGUGCUUACUAACUUGGAAUAAUUUGAAAGUGCGCUUUUUAAAGCAAAUACAAUCUAUGGAAAUACACAAAUAAUUUCAGUGAAGUGUUGUUAAAUACAAACUGAUUGAUCAAAAACCUUAUUCGCAUCCCUGCGAUUGGAUUUCAAAAAUCAUAAAUUUAAAGAUUACACAUCGAAAGAAAUAGGACAUCUGGCCCCACAAUGGAUCCCGACUGCUUUGCGAUGUCCUCGUACCAGUUCGUCAACUCGCUGGCCUCCUGCUAUCCCCAGCAGAUGAAUCCGCAGCAGAAUCACCCAGGAGCGGGCAAUUCGAGCGCCGGUGGAGGCGGUGGCGGCGGAGGAGGUGGAGGAGUGUCCGGUGGCGGGGCAAACGGUGGCCAGGGAAACGCGGGAGCGACCACGCCGGGAGCUAACGACUACUUCCCGGCAGCAGCUGCCUACACACCGAAUCUGUACCCGAACACUCCGCAGGCACACUACGCGAAUCAGGCGGCCUACGGCGGACAGGGAAACCCCGAUAUGGUGGACUACACACAACUGCAGCCACAGCGACUGCUCCUGCAGCAGCAGCAACAGCAACAGCAGCAGCACGCCCACGCAGCAGCUGCGGCAGUGCAGCAGCAACAACUCGCCCAGCAGCAACACCCGCAACAGCAGCAGCAGCAACAGCAGCAAUCCAAUCUAAGCUGCAAGUACGCCAAUGAUCCCUCCACGCCGGGCGGAGGCAGUGGCGGCGGCGGAGGUGGAGCUCUUCCCAGUAACAACAACAACAACAAUGCCAACAGCAACAACAACAACAGCCAGUCACUGGCCAGUCCGCAGGAUCUGUCCACGCGGGACAUAUCACCGAAGCUGUCGCCCAGUUCGGUGGUGGAGAGCGUGGCCCGGUCGCUGAACAAGGGCGUCCUGGGUGGCAGCUUGGCCGCAGCCGCUGCUGCCGCCAACUUGAACAACAACCACAGUGGCGGACCCGGCGGAGGUGGUCCGGGCAACGUCAACGUCCCCAUGCACAGUCCGGGCGGCGGGGACUCCGACUCGGAGAGCGACAGCGGCAACGAGGCGGGCAGUAGCCAGAACAGCGGAAACGGCAAGAAGAAUCCGCCGCAGAUAUAUCCCUGGAUGAAGCGAGUGCAUCUCGGACAAAGUACUGUGAACGCCAAUGGCGAGACGAAACGACAACGGACCUCAUACACCCGCUACCAGACCCUGGAGCUGGAGAAGGAGUUCCACUUCAACCGCUACCUGACCCGCCGCCGCAGGAUCGAGAUCGCCCACGCGCUCUGCCUCACGGAGCGGCAGAUCAAGAUCUGGUUCCAGAACCGGCGCAUGAAGUGGAAGAAGGAACACAAGAUGGCCUCGAUGAACAUCGUGCCGUAUCACAUGGGUCCCUACGGACACCCCUACCACCAGUUCGAUAUCCAUCCGUCACAGUUCGCGCACCUGAGCGCAUAGGACGCGUGGCACUUUUCGGGUACUGGUUAGAGACUCAAUCAGUUGUAUCAGGAACCAUAUCAGACGGCGGCGGCGGCCUCGGCGGCCAGCGGCUACCAGUCGCAGGACGGCAGUGCGGGGGCAGUGGCAGUGGCGGGAGGAGGAUCUGGGCUGGGAGUGCCCAAUGGGGGCAGCAGCAACGGCACCGGCAGCGGUCCGAACUCCCUGUUCGCCUCAACAGCCGGCAGCUCACAAGCUCCUCCCGACUGCAUCAAGUAUCCGCAGGAGUUCUGAUCUCAGGUUAUUAUCAGGCAGCAGCAGCAGCAACAGCAGCAUCUGCCGCAGCAGCCGGAGCAGGAUAAUCCCGCCCAGGAUCAGCGGCUGGAGCAGUUGCUGGAGUCGGACUGUGAGCCCGACCCGGAGCUGCAGAUGGAGUUCAAGGCGGACAUUGUCGGCUGCAACUUGUUCUGCUGCUGAGGUUGUCCUUCUGCCCAUGCCACGCCUCCUGCCUGCGCCUGCCGCCCAUCGCUUCCCGCCUGCCGCCGCCCGUCGAUCAACCAACAUCCAGUGAUGUUUCUUGUUUGCAACUGAUUCGUGUUAAGCUAAGAAACGAGCUGUAUUCCUACGGCCCGUUUGGGUUUAUGAUACUGGAGAUGGAUCCGCGGGCAAUCGCAACCGUUCCCAGACCCGGCUUGAGCUUGGCUCUUGGGGAAUUCCAGCCACUCAGACGACAAACAUCCUUUCACAUCGAAACAGCAUGAAUCUAGCAAACUCUAAUGUCAUUUGCAAGUGAUGUUUAGGCAUAUCAAAGCGCAUUCAUAUCAAUAUCCAAUGUUGAUAUGAUUUUAAUCAGAUUCAUGGUAUUUGGAUGUGGGGGCAUUUUAGAAUGUCAAUUAGUUGUGGUCCUUGCGAGUGCCCGGGGAUCCCUUCAGUAUGAUGAGCCUCUUUCUCUAAGCAGUAUUCGAAAAGCUGGUAGUUAGUAAGCCUAGCAUAAUUUUAGCCCUAAGCUGCACAGAUGAACAGACAAUGCUGUCGAGUUGAACAAAACUAAUAUCUGCAAUAAUUUCAAAGUGAUUUCUAAUUAACAUUAGUUCUUCGUUUAAUCCACCAUCCCAGUACCCCUACCCCCAGACCUUUAUCCUGCCCCUCCAGGGAGUCCUAAAGAGUGUACUUAAUUCCUAGCUAGUAGAGAUCCUAACUCUAGUUAACCACAUAAGGCUUUGUUUAGUUUGUAAAUAGCAGAGCGCCCCGGUCCCGGGGAUCGCGUUUUUAUGUUUGUGUUUCGUUUUGGAGAGAAAUUUUCGAAAAUUAUCGGUAGCUGUUCAAUUUUAUUUGUGUGUUUGCGUUUGUGUUGUUGAAAGUGCUCUAGCAGCUUGAAAAAUGCUUUACUAAUUUUUAUUGAAUCGAAAAUCAAUUGUUUUUAAUUACCCUUGAAAUUGAAUAACAAAUUCGGAAGCUAAACAGGAAGUAAAAUAUUGUAUGUCAAAUUUAGCAUAGAACUUGCAACAAUUAAUCAGGAUUUUCUUUAGAGCAGACCAUACAUAUGUCCCUCCCACUUAAUUUAUUCAAUGGCCUCUCAACAAUGUCUGUAAAUUGUCGGAAAAAGAUCGGAAGUUAAUCGAUACACUAAGCCAACGAAAUUUGAUUAAAGCGAUAAUUGUUAAAGCCUAAAGCUAAAGGAAGCCCAUAACCGUAAUGUAAAGUAAUUAUUUAUGCUGUACUUUUCGCUAAGCUAAGGUUAGUGCAUUCUAGAACUAUCGGUAGUCUAUGUGAACCUAGCUCGUAAGCUUAAAUUAUGUAUAUCGAAUUAGCAAGACAAAUUUUAGUGAAAACAAAUCAGAUUAAGAAAGGGCAAUGCGAAACGAACAAACCAAUUGAAAUGAGAGAAUCAAACGAGAAAUUACCUAGCACAAAUUAAUUAAUAGUAUUUUGUUUCCCAUUUUGUAUAUUUGUUCAGCGUUUCUUUAUACCUUUAAAUGCAAUUUGUUCAAUGAUAUUUGUCGAGAACCCCAUGAAAUGAUUUCAACGCUCGAUCGUAAUGCAAUACACCAUCUGUAGUUUUGGGUUAAGGGGGCCCCCACCUGUCAGCCAGGGCGCCGCGCCGGUGGGGGCAAAAAGUUUAACUGCAUUCCAUGUAAAAAUAAACUUACGCAACUAAUUUUUAAUGAAA